AUGUGUCGCACUGAGAUCAUCACUUAUUAUUGCGCCUCACCAAAAUGUGCUUCGCCAGACGAACCAUACGAAGAGCUCAUCUCGUACAAGAUAUGCGUACCCACCCAUUAUGACCACGAGGACUACCAUAUCGACAGGCUGAAUCAAGAUGCCGCGACGAUCAGGGAUGCGGAGAGGAGCACUGUGCGUAAAGGCUCAUGUCUUCGUUGCGAAGAAGACCAGAGCCAAGACCCUGCGAGAUACCUGUCUUGGAUCCGAAAUCCAGCUUCGACAACCACAAACCAGAGCACCGUCGCUGGCAACGUGGUCAGCUUCAACGAUGUCGAUCCUUUGCAACGGCAAGAUCUGUGCAGAAAGCUGGUAGCAAUUGAGCCACCCCUCCCCUCAACGGCGUGUCCUUGGCUUUGCGCACGACUGGAACUUUCUCAAGACGUUUGCACGCUUGCCACACAAAUUCUCGACGCUGUUGAUCGCAGCAACUUCGAUGGGCGGCAUCAGGAUCCAGCGCUUCUCGGUGCCGGCGUCUUCAUGGCUGCAUAUCUUUUGGGCGAGAGAAAGCUCAAGGCGAAGGAGGUCAAGAGAUGCAUGAAAGGUAGUCACAGAGAUCAAAUCGAGGCUGCUUAUUCGUUGCUGCAUGGGAAGUGGGAUACAAUCUUGAGAAGUCAGGUUGGAGGAGGUUUGAGGUAUCGGAUUGAUGAUGGCAGGCUGCCAAAGCCGGUCAGGGGAGACUGGGCGCCCAGAGAUCACUGGAUGAUGUGA